ACAGCCCGUGCUCCACCGCAGCCUAAACUAAACAUCAGCAACUUGGCCUAAGUUACUCUCAUACAUAAUACAACCCCCUCGUCCAUCCAUACUCUCUCCGCCUUUGAUUUACAUAUCGUCCUCUACUGCUGGAGAAGAUACAAGCACAAGUCGCUCAGUGGUUAACUGUCUUUCGCGGUACAGACGUUGAUGUCCCCAACCUCGACCUGAUCGGACGUCGUCGGUUCUCCCUUACUCUCACUUGACAUUGGCACGUCGCCCUCGUCUGGACCCGACUCCUCCACCAUGGCUACCCUCAAUCUCUCCACGAACGGGCCGACGAUAUCCAGAAGCUACCAAUCAGUCGUGAAUGCCCCGGCUCCCAGUGGCCCUGCUGCUUCCUCUCCUACCUACGCCCAAUGGGCGGUAUUCUCAGUAUCGGCUCCUCUGGCGAACGCCUUCCAGGAUGUCGGCAAUAAGGAAAGUGUCCUGAAGGUUCAGAGCACAGGAGAGGGCGAAUUGAUAGACCUGAUCGACGAACUCUCGGAAGGACGAAUACAGUUCGCCUAUGUCAAGGUCAGAGACCCGAACACCGGUCUCCCCAAGAAUGUCCUCAUCGCCUGGUGCGGUCAAGGUGUUCCGGAAAGGACAAAGGGUUACUUUACCAGCCAUCUGGCUGCCGUCUCGAAGUUUCUGCAUGGAUACCAUGUCCAGAUCACCGCUCGCGCGGAGGGCGAUUUGACCCCCGAAGGCAUCAUCCAGAAAGUUGCGGACUCCUCUGGUGCCAAGUACUCUGCUGGCGAGGCCCCUGCUCCACCCCCCGUCAGUGCUGCUUCAAAGCCCCCGGUGGCCACCAAGCCAGUCUUCACGCCUGUGCGGACUGGAGCCCUUGGAUCAGGCACUGCGAGCCUUCCUCGCCGAACAGUACCCCGCAGGGAAGAGAAUGUCGAUGAUGAUGGGUGGGGUGCUGAUGCGCCUCCGGUGACUAGAACGCAGCUGGAGAAGGUCCAGCCAGCGUACAAGCCUACGAAAGUGAACAUACAAGAACUGACCUCUCAAAAAACGGCCACUACCUCAUCCACCCCGGUCGACGACGCAGGCCGGAGUGAUGUCGUUAAGGGAGGCUACCAGCCCAUUGGCAAGGUAGACAUCGCUGCUAUCAGGAGACAGGCCCAGGAGUCUGGACAGUUGCAGGAUGACCGUCCAGCGCCGGUCAAAGGCACAUAUGAACCGGUCGGAAAAGUUGACAUCGCUGCUAUCCGUGCACGAGCCAGGCAGCCCGACGAGACACCCUCAUCGAUCUCUCCUGCCGUGACGGGGGAGCCUGCAGAUGAAGACCGGCCCAAGACCCUCGCCGAACGGUCCGCGGCCUUUACACCCUCUGAGCGUCUAACUUCCCUGCCCAAGCCUAAAGUGGAGAACAAGUUCGCUGGAAGCUCGCCCUUCACAGCCACUAAACCUCCAGUUCCUGGCGGCUUCGUUGCCAAACCCCCUCCUGCUGCUGCGCCCAUUGGAGCCGCCAGCAGAACAUUUGCUGACCAAGGCGGAAAGACGCCCGCUCAGCUGUGGGCGGAGAGGAAGGCGAGGGAACGCGGCGAAGCUCCAGCAGUGUCCGAUGCGGGCGCCGCGCGACCCGUGAGUCGAGAUCAAUCAACCGGCGGAGGAGAGUGGAAGAGUGGAUAUACUGGCAAGUCGUGGGCUCCCGUCCAAACCACCCACACCGGCAAAUCUGCCAGCAGUGCUCUUUCUGGCCAGCACACUGGAUCUGUAGCUGGGGAGACCCCUGAGGACACCCCCUCUGGAGGUGUCGGCUCGCUUCGCGAUCGGUUUGCCAACGUGGCACCCACUAGUGCUGCCCCCGCCGCUGCUUCUCCUCCUCCGCUGGAUACCAGCAGUAAGCCGAACGCUGGACGUGGGAUCCCCAUGCCUGGACUUCCAUCUGGUCCGGUGCAACCGGAGGAGAACUACGAGGCGGAAACUCAUCAAGUUGCCCCUACUCCGCCGCCACAGCCACGAUCUCCUACUCCACCCACUCCCCCUGCAGUGCGUGAGAGUUCUCCUAUCCGUGUCGCCAUGCCUGUCGGGCGCGGAGUUGCGGGUGGUCAUGAAGAGAUCAACUCUCCACCCCCGGCCAUGCCCGUUGAGAGCCUUCAGCAGGCUGUGCCUAAUGAGGAGGAUCUGGAAGAGCCUGCUCAUGAUCCCGCCCGUGCGGCGGCUGAGACUACCGCAUCACACGUGUCUCAAGGAGGCGGUAUUCGAGCCCUUGUGCAGUACGACUAUGAGAAGGCGGAAGACAACGAGAUUGAUCUGAGGGAAGGAGACUAUGUAAGCGAGAUUGAAAUGGUGGACCAGGAUUGGUGGUUGGGCGUCAAUAUCAACGGCGAGCGUGGAUUGUUCCCCAGCAACUAUGUCGAAGUGGUCGAAGCCGGAGACGAGCAGCAGGCGGCACCUGCAGCCCCAGUACAUGAGCCAGAGCAUGAGCCAGAGCCAGAGCCAGAACCGACAGCGCCAGCGGCCCCAGCAGCCGCUGCUGGUGGAAGACCGACUGCGACUGCGCUGUACGAUUAUGAAGCUGCGGAAGACAACGAAAUCAGCUUUCCUGAUGGCGCCAAGAUCAUCAAUAUUGACUUUCCCGAUGAGGAUUGGUGGUCUGGGGAGUACAAUGGAAAGACUGGCUUGUUUCCGGCGAAUUACGUCCAGCUGGACGAGUGAGCCCGCUUGGACCCCAGGCUUGCGAAUGUUGUCGUCAAACGUUUCGAUGCUCCUUUCUCCCAACAUCAGCUCCCGUGCGAGCACUGAAUGCAGUUAUACCGUGCAGUGCCAAGGCUCGAGUCCUAACCAGCUUCCUGGCCGCUAGAUUCAGCUCCGGACCUCAAGCCGUGUCUUCCAUUCACUGUAUACAUUGUUAUAUGUUGGCUGACGGUUUCUGGUAUACCUUGGCUUCCUCCCUUUACAUCGAUCGUUGCUAGCCCAGUUUGCCUGUAUUAUUUACACGACUAGUCAUCAUCCAGGAGGGUUGGUGGACGCGACAUAUAUCAGUGGCCGCCUUGUUAAAUUGAAGAUCACCAGUGAAUAGAGUCUGAUUUGAAGAUCCGUAGCUUGUGCCUGCGCCAUGCCCUGGCGAAAUUAUUAUUAUUAUUAUA